GCACUUCCAAGCAUGGGAACAGCCAGAGGAAAUGCCUGCGGCCAAGAGAUGGCUGUCUUGUGCCCUUGUCUGUCCCUGGAUCCAAGAGCCCAUGGAGGAGAAUGCAGUUGUGGGCAUAUCCCUUGGAGCAUGGAUCAUCUGGGGUAUAUCCGAAGCGGAGUGAGAGAGAGUGCCAACAAGCUCGCCGUCCCACAGAAGAAUGCCUAUGCCCGGCUGGUCCAGCAGCACCGCAGUGGCCGCUUCCGCUCCUAUUUAAAUCAUGUCGCCCAGAAGAUGCAGUUGGAGGAGAUGGGCGUGACUGAUGCUGGUUCGGAUGCAGACCUGCCUUUGAAAGGGGGGAUGGUGCGAGAGGCUGUAACAAAAAACGGGAUGAACAUGCGAGGUGCUUCGCCAAAUAAAGCCUCAUUGUUGGAAAACCCUGAGCGUAUGGGAGUGGAGAUGCUUCCUAAUGAUGGGCCCGAAGCCUUCAGGAAGGCCCCGGCUUUGGCUUGUCCAGAGGCACACCAGCUCGGUGCGGGAGAGUUGGAAGAGGCCUGUGGUCCCCAUCCUGGAGAGGGUAACUCAGAGAUGGAGGGCCUCAGCCGGGCUUUGAGCAGCUGCAGGUUAACACGAAGCCCGAGGCCGGGCCAUGCUCUCCAGAAAGCUGGAACCUCUCAAGAAAAGGAUGUGCCUGAGAGUGGACAUAAACUGCAGAAAAACAAAUGUGCUGUGAAUAUGGGAAGGGUGCGGGAGGUCUCUGCAGCAGAGCAGCAGCCCCCCUCACAUUCAGAGAAACCGGGGCCUCUUCCUUGUGACCAGCUGCCAGGGAGCCGGGCUCAAAAGGACUCUGAGCUGAGUAGCAGCACUCCUCCUAGCCUGGGCAAAAAGAGGCAGCUCUUGGAGUCUGAAGCCAUGAGCCAGUUGGACUGCAAGAUGCACCCAAAGCAGCUGGGGACUCCGAAAGGUGGGCCCCAUGCAUUCGGCCGCUCUGGAGCUGGGUCAUCACCAGGUGACAAAAAGAUGCCAAGCAAACACUCACAGGGGAAGAAAAGGAAUAUAUUUGAGGCCUACAUGUCUAAGGAGAACGUUUCAGCUGGUUUGAAGAGGGGGACACUUAUUCAGGGUGUGUUGAGGAUAAAUCCGAAGAAGUACCAUGAGGCUUUUAUUCCUUCUCUGGAUGGGACCAGAGACAUCUUUAUCGAUGGAGUUGUCGCUCGGAACAGAGCUUUGAAUGGUGAUGUGGUGGUUGUGGAACUGCUGCCCCAGGAUCGCUGGAAGGUGAUUAAGACAGAUGACAGUGAUAGAGGAGCUGAUGCUGUGCCCGAGUCUGAUGUCACCGAGGAGCUGUUGGAGACUCCACCUCGGCAACUUGGGAGGAGGCAGGCUGGUGACAACCCUGAUGUCAUCCUCGAAGCUCAGCUUAAUGAUGGCGACCCUGAGGAUGGGCACGAACAUGGAGCAGGUGUGCUGGCUGGUGGUGCCCCGGAGAAGGGAAAUGAGAAUGUUGAUACACAGAGUGCAGCCCAGGGAAACCUCCCCAAGUGCCAAGACCCAAGACUUUGCCCAGACAACUUGCUGCAAAGAUCUGCAAAGGUGGUUUAUAUCUUGGAGAAGAAGCAUUCCCGGGCAGCCACUGGGUUUAUCAAGCUCUUGGCCGAUAAGAACAGUGAGCUGUUCAGGAAAUGUGCCUUGUUUUCACCCUCCGAUCACCGAGUCCCUAGGGUUUAUGUGCCCCUCGCUGACUGCCCUGUGGACUUUGUGACGAGGCCCAGUGACUAUGCCCGGACACUCUUUGUCUGCAGAAUUGUGGCCUGGGAGGAGCACAGCCACUUUGCAGUGGGACAUCUGGCUAAGAGCCUGGGCCAGGCCGGUGAGAUCGAGCCUGAAACAGAGGGGAUCUUGACGGAGUACGGGGUGGAUUUCUCUGAUUUCUCCUCAGAAGUUCUGGACUGCCUCCCCCAGUGCCUGCCUUGGACCAUCCCACCUGCAGAGUUCAGCAAGAGAAGAGAUUUAAGGAAAGACUGUGUCUUCACGAUCGACCCUUCCACAGCUCGGGAUCUGGAUGAUGCACUCUCCUGCAAGCCCCUUCCUGAUGGGAACUUUGAGGUGGGAGUUCACAUCGCAGACGUCAGUUACUUUGUUCCAGAAGGAUCAGCCCUGGACGGAGUGGCCAGCGAGAGAGCCACGAGUGUCUACCUGGUGCAGAAGGUCAUCCCCAUGCUCCCCAGACUGCUCUGUGAGGAGUUGUGCAGCCUCAACCCCAUGACUGACAAGCUCACAUUCUCUGUCAUCUGGAAGCUGACCCCAGAAGGCAAGAUCCUUGAUGAGUGGUUUGGCCGGACUGUCAUCUGUUCUUGUACCAAACUGAGUUAUGAUCAUGCCCAAAGCAUGAUUGAACAGCCUGACAGGAAGUUCCGUGAGGACGAGCUGCCCCCCGUGUCUACAGAGCACCCCAUUGAGCAGAUCCAGCAGGCUGUCUUGAAUCUUCAUGGGAUCGCCCAACAGUUGCGCCGGCAACGUUUUGUGGAUGGAGCGCUUCGACUGGAUCAGCUAAAACUUGCUUUCACUCUGGACCAGGACACCGGGAUGCCUCAAGGAUGCCACAUCUAUGAAUACAAGGACAGCAACAAGCUGGUGGAGGAGUUCAUGCUGUUGGCCAACAUGGCUGUGGCUCAUCAAAUCUACCGCUCGUUCCCCAAGCGGGCCCUGCUGCGCCGCCACCCGCCGCCCCAGACCAAGCUGCUGAAUGACCUCAAGGAGCUCUGUGACCAGCUGGGGCUGGCCAUUGACUUCAGCUCAGCGGGAGCCCUUCAUAAAAGUCUGACCGAGAUGUUCGGGGAUGAUGUGUAUUCAUUGGCUUGGAAGGAAGUGCUAACCAACAUGUGCUCGAGGCCUAUGCAGAUGGCCUUGUAUUUCUGCACGGGUGUGCUCCAGGACGAAACUCAGUUUCGACACUAUGCCCUCAAUGUGCCCCUCUACACCCACUUCACGUCACCCAUCCGCCGCUUCGCUGACGUGCUGGUGCACCGGCUCCUUGCCGCCUCACUCGGUUCUAGAGAGCCCCUGAGCCUGGAUGCAGAUGCCCUCCAGAAGCGGGCUGACCACUGCAAUGACCGACGGAUGGCUUCCAAGCGGGUGCAAGAACUCAGCACUAACCUCUUCUUUGCGGUCAUGGUCAGGGAGAGCGGCCCCUUAGAGUCAGAGGCCAUGGUGAUGGGGGUCCUGAACAAGGCCUUCGACGUGCUGGUGUUACGCUUUGGAGUGCAGAAGCGCGUCUACUGUAACGCAUUGCCACUACAGGACUACCGUUUUAGGAAGGUGGGGAAGAAGCCGGAGCUCACCCUCAUCUGGGAGCCCGAGAACCCCCAGCAGGAGGCCGUGCACCAGGUUAUUGCCAUUUUCAGCCUGGUGGAGGUGAUGCUGGAGGCCGAGGACGAUAACCUCAAGUUCAGAGCUGUCCUGAAGAGGCCAGGGGUGGGGGCCUCCGGCCCGAAGGAUUGAGGCAGAUGAGUGCCCAGCACGGCGACCCCCGGGGCCUCUCCAAGCCAGAGAGGAUUUUAAAUUUGUUUAAAGUUGAAGUGAAGUUGAACAAGCUGGGAGUUUUGUUGGAGUUUAAUUUUAACAUGAACUGUAGGUGGAAAGAGGGGGGGGGGCUGGACUAAGGUAUUGGGAGAGGGGGCUCAGGUGCUGCCCCCCAAGCAGGGCAUGCCCCCUGCUCCUGGCUCGCCCAGCAGACCCCUCGGGGGUGGUGUGGCCGCCUGGCCUGGCCAGCCUGGGGCUUUCUGGGUAAAUCCACAUAAACAGAAUAAAUGGAAUGAGAAGGGA